AUGUCUGGGAAUGCGCAGGAGCUUUCCCUGAGCUCCUCACAAAUAUUUCGACGUGGAAUUAGUUCACAAGAAAUCAAUAUCGGACUCUCUCAACAGUUUUUGAACCCUGCUGAGAGCAUUAAUCCGAUUGAAAUUUCAAAUGAAAAGCAAGCUAAUAAGGAAAUCACAUCAAUCAUUUCGAAAUUCAAAGAAAAUCUCGACUGGUCAGAUCAAUUGCAGUUAAUUCAACAAACAAUGUCUAUUGUUAAAGGUGGAGCAUAUAAAUAUCAAGGAUUUGUUGAUGAAAUAUCUGGUUUACUCACCAUGUUGAAAUUUGGAGUUAACAACCUUCGUAGUACUCUUGUUAAAAAUAGCUGUUUAUGUAUUGCUUUCCUCGCACAAUCUUUAAAAGAGAAAUUCGAUUCUAUAACGGAGCCAAUCAUCUCAGCAUUGAUUGUUCCUACAAUGCAUGGAACCAGUGUAAUUGCUAAAUCAUGCAGAUUCGCAAUUCGAGAAAUUGUAAAUAACGUAUAUACAAAAAGGACUCUUCUUAGCAUUUUAAACUAUACUAAUUCUAAGAGUAGCGAGCAUAGAAAUAUAGUUGCUGAUAGUUUGAAAGAUAUUGCUUUUUCUUGGCCAAGAAAUAUUAUUUUAUCAAAUAUAAAACAAAUAGAGCAUUCAGUUAAAACAUUAACAAAUGAUGCAACAAAAGAUACACGAGUUUUCGCAAAGUCUGCCUUAGAAAUCUUUGAAAAUAAUCAAUACAUUCAAGCAACUACCGAAGUAAAGAACUCUCGUAAAUUCCAAGAAGACAAAACAGAAGUUAUUCAGUUUACUAGACUAGAACCACCAAUCAGGCCAAAGUUUUCAUCUCCUCAGAAGAAUUUGAAACAAAAAGAAACAGAAAUUGAAGAUAAAACAACAGUAUCAAUAGAUUUGUCAAAGAAAACUCUAUCAAAAUCAAGAAUAAGGCAAACUUCAGAUGAUAGUAUUAACAAAUCUUUCACAUUAACUCAGGAUGAAAUAAAUGACCUCGCUAAAGUCAACAAACUUUCCAAAAACAUCACAUCCAUCAAAGAUAAUGCUACAUUUAUCAUUGAAACUCUCCUUAACUAUAUAAAUUCAAAUGAAAUUGAUGAAAUUAUUUUAAGUAUUACUUUAAUAGAAAAAGUACUCGGAAUAAUCUAUAUACAGUUUGAAAAAUAUUUGUCGCAGCUAAUUCCUUGCAUUCUUGAAAAAUCAGAUCAUAUUUCUUACCAAAUUAGCAAAUCUGCUUCAAAUAUUAUGAAUACGAUUCCAUCACUAUACAACUGUGAUGAUUUGAUUAAAAUUGCUGCAGAUCAACGUGUUUCAAAAGCAUUAUUACUAUUUAUCUCUCAAAUCAUGAGAAAAGACGCAAAAAUCAAUGCUGAUUACGAUACAAUCAGUAAAUUAAUCAAUAUUAUGUGUCAAUUGUUCGAAAAAUUCAAUGAAACAAAGACAAUUUUGAUUAUUACUUCAAUAUUAACAGAAAUUCAAUCAAAAUAUCCUCAAGAAUUCUCCAAAUAUGUUGAAACAGCUGAUGAAAAGAACAUAAAAGCUUUGAAUACCCUUAAAAUCACUCAAACAGUCAAAAUUUCUACAGAAAACAAUUCAACAUUAACAACUAAGUUUAGUCAACAUUUCAGAGAACAAAUUGCUAAGAGACAAAGUUUAGAGACAUCAAACUAUGCGCCGGCACCUACCAGAUCAUCAUUUAAGAAAUCAAAUGUUGAUAAAACGCAACAAGAAACGAAAACAGUUCAAAUUAUCAAGAAUCCAUCAACUGAUUUAAUUAUUUCCAAAAUAAAAGAAACAGAAGAUAAAAGAGAACAUCUUACAUCACUUGCUGAUGCUAUUAAGGAAGAAAACACAUAUAGUUUAGAUUUGAUGAAGCUUUUAAUUUCAUUGAAAAGAACUGAAUUUUACAAAGAAACAGAAAUUUGUUUUGAUUCGAUUUUGAAUUCUUGUGAUAAUUUUUUGGUUGUUAAUGACUGUUUGAGUCAGUUCUUUUUGACUCCUGAUGUUGUUCACAUUGAUUCUCUUUAUUAUCUCCUGUAUAAAACAACAAAAACAUUGGUUGAUGAUAAACCAACUUUGUUGUUGAAGCAACUUUCUGAUUUCUCUGUUUCUGAUGAUCCUGAAAUGAGAAUGAUGUCUGUUAAAUGUAUCGCAGCCUUGCAAAAGAAUAUAGAAUGCGAUUCAUCAUUCAUUUCUUCUCAGAUUGGACCUGUUCAAGCUCGUUUAGUUCAAUAUUAUUUUAAUAAGUUUUAA